AUGACUAGUGCAGGGGGAGACAUCCUCGCUAGUGUUGUGACACCCCUGAAGGCGUGCGUCCACGCUACACUGGGCGUAGCUGUCAGUAGCAUUUGUGCCUUCCUUAACGAAGGUGCGUGUAGCGGCGUCACCAUACUGCCGUCACCGUGGCAGAGAGUGACAAGUGUUGAGCAAGGCCUCGCCUUCUCUUUUAACAUUAUUACUGCACAUAAUUAAGAAGUUGUACUAGUGUAGCAGUAAACGAGUAUUUACUACUCAUAAACUACAGUGUACCAUUGAGAGGUCUGCGGUGCGCCGGAGGGGUUCCGCUCAAGGGAGCUCCUCGGUGUACCACAGGGGUUCCAAAACUUGAACCUGUAGGGUAGUGAGAGAACCCGUGGCUUAAAAGAAGUCUGUGCGCUUACGUAAUAAACCCGUAUAAACAAACACAAAAAUCCACUGAGAUAUCUAAACCAAAGAGGUUUAAAGUAAGAAAUGUUUACCACUGAUAACCACCCAGAUUAGAAACCCCGCGAAAGGAGGAUAACCAGUUUAGAAACCCCCUUUAAUUGAAUAGUCCCCGGCUUAAUGAAUCCUCGUAUGUGAAGGACAGCCAGUUAAGAAAUCCCGAGAAAGGAGGUUACCCUCUUAAGAAAGCCUGGUAAUUGGAGGGCAGCCACUUAAGUCUGGGUGAGACGGGUGGGGUUGUGGUGUGCUCCGCUGGACGAGGACCAGAGCGAGCACCAUGUCACGCAGGAAGGCUUCAGUGAGCAGCCUGCUGGGGGACGUGUGCAGGAAGAUGACACGGAAGAUGACCAUCCAUGACCCGUCAGCCGUGGCCUCCCUCAUCAACACGCUGACGCUGCAGAACCCGGUGGUGCACACCCUCGCCGUCGGGGAGGCCGCCGAGCCCCGCGCCAGAGCCAGCUCCGUGCCUCCCUGCUUCAGGAAUGAUUCUGAACGCCGUCAGGACGAGGAGGAUAUGGCAGUGGUGAGGCGCCUCCACUAUCGCCAACACCACCAUUCAGGGGACACUUCGCCCCGCUCAGAGUACCUCUCCAGCGACGACGACGACGACGACGAUGACGAUGACGAUGACUUCGACGAGUACAUGGAAGAGUACCUCAGGGAGCAGUGUGAAGGAAAUAUUUGUCGAAAAUUUACAUAUACGUUACAUAUUGAAAAUCAGUUAAGAAAUUGACGAAGAAAAGUGAACAAUAUACCCAUGAAGGAAUUUGUAUAUUUGAGCUGAAGGAAAUGACAGGUUUUGUCAAGGAACUGUGAACGUGGUGUCAGGUUCGUGGCUUGAUCGUGUCACUCAGCGGAGUCUGGUUAAUGCUGCAGGUGUGUGCCACAGUACACAGGUGGAGCCAGGUGUCACUGGUGUGUGCCACUAGAGCAUCUAGUUACAGUGGUGUCUGUAGGAGGCUGCAGUUGGGUCCGUGGAAAGUACGUGAUGUCAGUGGAAAUUAGAGUAGUGUGUGUGGGGAGAUAUUGAGUGGUGUGUAGAGGUUCAGUGCUGUACCGGUAAGGGUGCAAGAGUGUGGGCGUGUGACAAGUUACGGCCAGUGAUGUGGCUCCCAAGAGAUGGAUAAACUAACCGACUUGGCACAACUGUUUUGAUGUGACUGUGCUUGAAGCCUCACGAUUCAUAAGAGCACGACGGGGCUGUGAAGGAUGUACUGGGGUCUGGUGUACAAGGACCUGUCGUUGUGUUCACUGAACUAUUACAGAAACACCAGAUUAGUUAAGCACAGUAUAAUGAGUCACGUGGUGAUGGUGGUGAGUAAGUAGUGAUGGUGUGUCACCUCGCUGCUCUGUCGGUCUUUAUUGCUCACCCCUCAGUGGCGUCCGUGCCGCGGAUGCAAGCAAACACGGCUAGAUACAAGCAGUUACACACGUGCGCUUGCAAGUACUGAGAUACACAAGUAAGCGCAGCCACACGCCGGACCGUACCGCCAUACACAGGAAUAUCCAGGUUCCACAGUUGCGGUCCAUCUGUCAACGUAUCUCCCCGCGUGACAUCAUCGCGCACAAUAAUGUGGUAGUUGUUGCUUUACAACCCUCGAGGAGAACUUGAGCGGCGACCAUGUGUGCAGACGGCGGAGCUGGGCGCGCCAGAGGCGGGUGGUGGGUGUAGAGGGGCGGUGGUGGUGCUGGCCCUGGUGGUGUUGGCCCUGGUGGUGCUGGCCCCGGUGGUGCUGGCCCUGGUGGUAACCGAGGACUACCGUGGCAGGACUCCUUGUCCUCUCAACUGACCAUAACUGUGGUUGUGGCGGCUCGGGUUGAGAUGCGGCAGCGACUCUCCAACGGGGUGGCGCUCAUCCCCCUCAACGAGCUCCAGGACUGCAGCAGGUACUCUGAUACAGACUAGGCGACCAGACAUCCCUACAACACUGUCCUCGGUACUGAUGGGGUCCCCGGAGAUGUAUAGCAGACUUAAGAUGCUGGGAACCUUGUGAAUCAACCUGCCGUGUCGCAAGUACCAGUGCCAGAAGUAGCCGUGUCGCAAGCAGCCGUGGCAGAAGUAGCCGUGGCAGAAGUAGCAGUGGCAGACGUAGCCGUGGCAGACGUAGCCGUGGCAGAAGUAGCAGUGGCAGACGUAGCAGUGGCAGACGUAGCAGUGGCAGACGUAGCAGUGGCAGACGUAGCAGUGGCAGAAGUAGCCGUGGCAGACGUAGCAGUGACAGAAGUAGCAGCAGCCGCCGCCGCAGCAAGGUGUAGUGGAAGAGAGCGAGGAGUGUGGUGUGAGAAGGGACGUCUGGCCUUCGAUGGCCUUGCUCGAAUUCCUCAUAAAUAGUGUUGGUAAGGCGGAGCGGCGGCGGUCUUGUUACAGAGCCCCGGGCACCAG